ACAAAAGCUCUUUCCAGACGAAACUCACAAGUGUUAAUUUGAUUUUCAUACUAGGUAGCUCCAAUCUGAAAUGAUAUGAAUUGCAAUUGUCUUUUACCUUUUUAAUUUCAAGGCUAAAUCCCUUGCUGAGUCACCUGACAACCAGACACCUAUGACGUCGCUUUUCUAUCUUAGCUGUUCUCCCUCAUCUCUCAAGUCGUACAAAGUCUCACUUGUCCUAUCGUAGGUGCCUAAACAAGACAACACGUAACAAAAACAAAUUAUACCUUCACAUACAUAAAUUCGGAGAUCCGGAGUAAUUUACCAUCAAAUCACCUUACACGUCUAGUCCGGUUGUCUUGAGCUCACAAUCAUUCAUUAUGGCUCCUAUUCCAGUCUAUACGGACAGCCCCAUCGCUUCGAAGCCUUCGGGAGUAACACCCCAGACUGCUGCAGCGCCAUCUACGUCAACACCGACUGCAACCAGAUCAUCACCUACCUCGGCCAACCAGGUUUCUUAUCCAUCGGCACAACCAGGUGCUGCACCCUCUCUUCCAACUCCUACGACGGCCGCAUCUCAGGCAUAUACCCCACCUCAGCCAACCCAAACCCAUGGCCAUGAUGGUCCUCCGCCACCACAGCCGGGCGCCGUCCCUGUCCCAUCUGGAGCCGCUGGGUCAAAUAUCCCGCCACCACCAAAGGCAGGUGAGAAGUAUCAACCACCUCAACAGGCACCGGUAACUCAGCCAGCGAGCAUACCAUACCCUCCCCAGAUGUCUAUUCCGCCGCCUACAACACCUUAUGCAACUCAGCAGCGCGGUACGUCAACAGCCACAGCGCCUAUUGCAACACAUAGUGGCCAAGGCCCUACGGCCCCAGACGGCUCUUCAAUUCAUAGCUUAGCGCAUCCACCAGGGUAUCAUCAAAACACCAAUGCUUCUGAACUUGACAGAUACCAAAGAUCGGCUAUCCAACAGAGUGAGUUAGAAAACCAGACAGGUGAAUCGGGUGGGGUUUGGGACGCAGCGAAGAAAUGGGCUCAGCAAACUGGAGAGAAACUCGCAGCAGCGGAAAAUGAAGUAUGGAAAAAGAUCAACAAGGAAUAAUGGUGCCACAAAGCCCCAAAUAUUCAUCACGCCCUCCCACCAAAACCGGACCACCGUGGUUCAUGUCCCGAUGUGAGAGCUAACUAGUCCAUAUAUAAGAAAUCCCAGUACUAUAGUAAACGAUACGAAUAAAAAUUUUCUACCCACUCGGUUGUUCAAUGAUAGACAACCUUGGAAAGAGAUUUAUGAUUUACCGCACACUAGUCAAUCUGAAGUACUGUGGCGAAUUCCCCUUAAACUCAGACAGCUAGAUACAAUACAGACGUAGCGAAAACGACAUGACGAUUCAAUCACCAAAACUGCGCUUAUAGAAAAUUACGAGGCGUGAUCAAUGCAAGCCGAGUUGCGCUCGGAAGUAUGUGGAGAUCAAAAUCCGGGCUCGGCCAGGCUCUACCAGGCUCUUCGCCAUCAAUUGCCGUUUUAAUGGUUAGAACGCAUGAUAGAUCUUCCAAUGGGUCUACGCUAGGUAUCUGGGGAAGUGAUCUCAUCAUCGUUCUCCCGCGAUCUUCAUGAUAAGAGGCAGCAGCAGUUACUAAAUUUAAGAACGGGUAAAAAGUCGAAGCAUUGAAUAAUUUCCCAAAGGAGGCAGUAAUAUUAUGCGAAGGACCGGGCCUAUCCCGGUAGCCUAGCCCGGGGUGGGGUACGCA